AAGCCAGCAGUCUUAUUCGUUUGCCACGGUGAAAGUUCGACUGGAGUACGCCAACCACUCGAUGGUCUUGGUGAGGCAUGUCGCCGACAUGGAACCCUUUUGCUGGUAGACACGGUCGCAUCCCUAGGUGGGGCAGAAUUUUGCAUGGAUGAUUGGGGCGUAGACUGUGUUUAUUCGGCCACCCAAAAAGUUUUGAAUGCACCUCCUGGAUUGGCGCCCAUCUCCUUCAGUGAAAAAGCUAUGCAAAAGAUCAAAAAUAGAAAAGAGCGAGUACCAUCGUUUUAUUUUGAUGCGCUUGAACUAGGAAACUAUUGGGGCUGUGAUGGCGAGUUGGUCAGAUAUCACCACACAGCUCCUAUAUCGUGCGUUUAUGCCCUUCGAACAGCUUUGGCUGUCAUAGCGAAGGAAGGCGUCGAUGAAGGAGUGCGUCGUCAUGCAGAAAAUGCGAAGUUUCUGUACGAAAAGUUGAAAGAGUAUGGGCUAGAUUGCUUUGUGCAAGAAGAGAGGUGGCGACUACCGUGUUUGACAACGGUCAGAGUGCCUGAUGGUGUUGACUGGAAGGGUGUAAUGAGCGAAAUGAUGCAGAAAGGCACUGAGAUCGCUGGUGGUUUGGGACCUACAGUAGGGAAACUUUGGCGAGUUGGCACAUUUGGCGGAAAUUCCGACAAACAGAAGAUUGAGAAGGUAGUGAAGUUACUAGCCGAAACGAUAAAGAAGAAGUCGAGCAUGUGAUAAACUAGGCCGUUAGGUUUGUACUGUGAUUU